GCAGAAGGAGAAAAACUGUCAAGAAGCUAUGCCUUGGCUCAGGAAACGCCAAAAUAUAGCGAGUAAGGGUGAAUUUACUUUGGACAGGCUUCCAGCUUCCACAGCGCUUGUAACCCAUUUGCUGCGGAACGAAUGGAAUCUCCAACACCAACUAGUCGCGCGCAGACACUUCCGGUUGGCGGAACAAAGAGUCUGAAGUACUCGAGCCUCACUUCCGUGUGACGAAAGCUACGCGGAGAAGUCGGACCUUAGGCCGCAGACCCAUGACUUGCCAAUGCGAUAUUGCUCAUGCGCCCUACACCAGCGAGGUGGGCGGGGCCCCGGAGGGGGCGGGGUCGGCCCUGACUUGUCUCGCGGUUACUGGGCGUGCGGGAGCGCGCGAGGUUCGUGGGCGGUUCUGGGCGGGCCCUCACCUGAUAUCUCUGGAAGGCUCCGCCGAGUGUCAAGUUUUCGAGGUCGUCUCAGGUGAGGUGGUCGUGCCGGAAGUAGUUGUGCCUCGCGCCUGGGUGUUGAAAGAAAGCUGCGGGAGGAGCUUUAGUCAUUCAAGGGGGCGCGGCACCAGUAGGAGCUCUUCGCGGCCCCCGCAGCAGCCAUGGCGAAAGGCAGAGUGGCUGAUCGAUCGCCCACCGAAAUGUUGCACUCGACCCCAGCCGGGGACCGGGCAGUGAGGACCCAGGGUUCCGCCGCGCCUGGCAGCAAAGAUCAUCUGAACGAAAAGCCUUGUGCAGAAGCUGGAUCAGCAAGAACAUCACUCCUUAUACUGGUGUCCAUUUUUUCAUGUGCAGCUUUUGUUAUGUUUUUGGUAUAUAAAAAUUUUCCUCAGCUUAGUGAGGAAGAGAGGGUGAAUAUGAAGGUUCCGAGAGAUAUGGAUGACGCCAAGGCUCUAGGAAAAGUUCUCUCCAAAUAUAAGGAUACCUUUUAUGUACAAGUAUUGGUUGCUUAUUUUGCUACAUAUAUUUUUUUGCAAACAUUUGCUAUCCCAGGUUCCAUAUUCCUCAGUAUACUCUCCGGGUUCCUUUAUCCCUUCCCACUUGCCUUAUUCCUUGUUUGUUUGUGCUCCGGACUUGGUGCCUCAUUCUGCUACAUGCUCUCCUACUUAGUUGGAAGACCCGUUGUAUACAAAUACCUAACAGAGAAGGCAGUGAAAUGGUCACAGCAGGUAGAGCGUCACAGAGAACAUCUUAUUAACUACAUUAUAUUUUUGAGGAUCACACCGUUUCUUCCUAAUUGGUUUAUUAAUAUUACAUCUCCUGUGAUAAAUGUACCAUUGAAAGUGUUUUUUAUUGGCACUUUUCUAGGUGUUGCACCUCCUUCUUUUGUAGCAAUCAAGGCAGGAACAACUCUGCAUCAGCUUACAACAGCAGGGGAAGCUGUUUCCUGGAGCUCGGUAUUUAUUCUGAUGGUUUUGGCCCUUCUUUCUAUCCUGCCAGCCAUCUUCCAAAAACAACUAAAGCAGAAGUUUGAGUGAAAAGACAUGGCUUUUCCUUUACCACCGCCAUCACUCCUGCCACCACCACUGUCAUCUCAGGAUUAGCAGGUGUAUUCAUGUUACGUUUGGACAUCACCUCUUCAGUCACUGAAAGAAGGACUUGUAAAGUAAAAUAGCCCAUGAGAGAGAAUGCACAUAUGGGAGAACAGAAGUUGGGGCCCUAUGAGAAGUGCUGUCACCUGCACCUGACCUGUGAGAGUCACUGUUCCAGGGUUAGCUCUGAGACAUCACUCAUUGUCUUGGUUUGGAAUUCUUACUCUAAAUGAUUCAUUUGAAGUGUUUUCCUCUUACAUCUGACUAAUGACUAAAAUCGUGAACUCAGGUACAGUGGAACAUACUUAAAACUCCAGCUGCCCGGGAGGCUAAGGCUAGCUGUGAAAGUCACAAGACACCCUGUAUUAAAGUAAAAUAAGGAACAGUGAAGAUAAAAUAAAAUAAAAAUUCAGAGCACAAACCAAAUACUUGAAGCAAAAAUGAGUUUUCAUUUUCUUUCUCUUUUCAGACAGCACUUUCCAUAGGCCAGUGUAUGUAGCAAUGAUGGGUUAUUUAAGUUUUCCUUGGAAAUUUGUAUCAUGGAUUAGUCCAAUAAUUUGAAUUCUGGCCAGUCUGUUUUCAUCCUUUUUUCUAGGUUUUGCAGUAUUUCCACCAUACAUAUAGAAAAGGAGAAUUAUAUAUCUGUAUCAUAUUGGUGUUGAUAAUGUAUAUUAAGAUAAUGAUAUUUUGUUACAGUGUCUUUAUUAUCUCAAAGGGGGUUCUAAAGUAAAUACUCAAAGCAUAUACUUUUUAGACAUUAUUUUAUACUGAAACAACUGACAGUAGGUAGGACAUUACUGAUUAAAUCUAGUUUAUUUGUUCCAAUGACUGUAAAAUUUGCCUCAUAGAUUGUCUGGUCAUUAAAGAAUGUAUUGUAAUUACCUUUCAUGCAUGAUACAUCUGCGAUUGCUCUGUUGCCUUUCCUCUGAUGACCUCCUUGGGGCAGCACUUGAUUGGUACACUUUGCCAACUGUAAAGCUUCUACUUUCUCACCUUGACAUGGUGACUGGUGUCUCCCAUUUCUUGGAGCCUCCCUUUGGCUGCUUUUGUUCCCUGCCAGGACAGACCCAUGUAAAGCACUAAGAUCUCCGUUGGUAUGUUGAACACUUGCUUUAGUGGAGUGGGAGUCCUUGUGUCUUCAAAGUCUGAUCAUCUCAAAGCCUGUUUCUCCUGCAAAGUGUGGACUAAUCCUUCUCUGUCGCAGUAUUAAUGUUACAAAUACAAGGAAGAUAAUACUGAUCAAUAUUGUAUCUGUCUUCUGUCCUUUUGUGUUAAAUUGUUAUGUUGUCUUAUUGACCAGAGACUGAGUGAUAAAGCUUUUAUUAUUUUUACAAAUGAGUUAAACACAUAGAUGUUUAGGACAAAGUCUACUAAUAUUUAUGUGAUAUUAUUUAUGUGAUAUAUAUAUAUCAUUGAAGUCAGUCAUGUAACAUGCUUGUAAUUCCAUGACUUGGGAAGUAGAGUUUCAUGUUUAACUUUGGCUACAUAGUGAGUUUGAUGCAACAAUCUGGGCUAUAUAAGAACCUGUCUCAAAAAAUACAUGUAUAUAUUAAUUCAUACAAAUUUUCAGCAGGCCUCUAAAGCUCACAUUUUGGAGAAGCACUGCUGUUUCUUUGGGUUGUUAUGGUGCUUACUCUAUGCUGAGAGUGUUCUCUCCAUCCUCUAGUGCAUGGACUCUUUCCCUUUGCUAUGUUUUUUCCUAUACUCAACAGGAGCUACCACUUUAGUUGGAUGUUUUCUUCUCCCAGUAGAGAGUAACCAUUGUGUUAACAUUUUACCCUUGGCUGUCAAGAAAGAACUUGGACCAAGCAUUGUGACUAAUUAAUGCCCAGUGCUUGGAAGGCCGAAGCAGAAGGAUAAGGAGCUUGUGGACAGCUUGCGUUGCCUGAGGCCUUGUCUCAGGCAAAAAAAUCUCAGCAGUAGAUUGUACCCCACAAUCACCUGUAUGCCACCUGUGUUCAUUGAGCACAGACUUGAUAUAAUGACAAAUGUAAGUCGUCCAAGAUUGAAACACUCCCUAUCUUCGGUGCCAGAGAUCCCAGGGCCUUGCACCCUAGGAUUUAAGCCUGACCACAGCCAUAAGAGAUUUCCUAGUAAUCCCAACAAAACAUCCUAUUGUAAUGGAAAGGCAAGCAGGCUAACUAGGCAUACACUGACAAAGACAGUUUCCUUCUUAGUUACGACUAUUUAUUUCCUGGAGCUUUGUUACUUUGAAUCUAAUAUAUCCAUGAUCUUAAUAAAUGUAAACUAGCUGGGUGGUGAUUUUUUUUAAUUACCAUUUUUUAUGAAGCCUUUUAUUUCUUAGAACUAUAUGUAAGUCUAUUAGAAGUGUUUCAAAAUAAGAUUAAAGAUCAGUAUAUGGGGUGCUGGAGAGAUGGGUCAGUGGUUAAGACCACCACUGCUCUUCCAGAGGACCCAGGUUCAUUUCCCAGCACCCACAUGGCAGCUCACACUUGUCUGUAACUCCAGUUCCAGGGUUUCUGAUACCCUCACAUACAUGUAAUGAACAUAAAUAAAAACACAUUUCAUAUUUUAAAAACCGAAGAUAAUUUUCCCACCAAUGAUGUUUGAGUGAUCCAGUUUCCCUGGUUAGUAGCUAUGUUCAUAGUAGACCAAAAUGGAAGCAACCCAGAUGUCCUUCAGUGAAUGAGUUUUUAAAAUUAAAGCAAAGUUUAAAAAAAGUUCAGUGUAGUGGUACAUUUAGAAUCCCAGCCCUCAAGAGAUAGAGGUAAAAGGAAUAGAAGUUCAAGGCUAGCCUGAGCUACAUAAUAAAACCCUGUCUCCCAAACCAACAGAAAAAAAAUCUGGUGUCUCUCCUCUCUCGGUUUGAGCUACAGCUCAGUAGUAAAGCUUUUCUACCAUAUCUCAGACUUCUAGGUUAACCUCUGUGGGGAAAACACAAAGAGUAGGACUAAAGAGACCUACUCUUUGGCAUGGGGAUAUUUACCUGAAAUACUAGAUUGUGGCUAGAGAGACAAACACAUUCAAGGCCUGCCUAGGCUAAUAGUGAGAACCUGUCUCAAAAACACACACAGGGCUGGAGAGGUGGCUUUUCCUCAGAUAACCAUAAUCUCUUUAAGAAUGGAAACAUGGCCCAUGACUAGUAAGGUUGGUCUGAUUUCCACAAACUCAUGUCUGAAGAAAAGGAAGAGUAUCAGGGACUGUGGUUCCGUAGUUAGUGUGCGUGUCUUGUGUGUAUUGUGCCACCCUAAGUUCAAUCCCCAGCCAUGCAGCAAGAGAAAGAGUAAAGGUGUCAGGUGGCGGUGGUUUGCAGGAUAGUAAAUGGUGAGGGUAGCCAGUUUGUACCCAGUGACAUAAGGGAGAAACUGGGUCUGGAAACCUGAAGCCUGCUAGCAUUGCAAAGCCCAGGUUGUCAGUGUUCUACACUCACAGAAGUGCUGUUGAAAGCACUCCGUGUGGGAAGCCAGAGAUCUGAAUUGAAUCAGUGAUGGUGAGUUCCUGUCCUCAAGACUCCAGGUUUGCUUCUUUUAAAUAAAGGUUUGGUGAAUGCCU